AUGGGUUGCUGCAGAAUCAACCCAUGUGCAAGUGGGUGUCCGUCUGGUGAGGUGCUGGCUGGUUUUCUUUCUUCAAAUCCAGGCGAAGCAGCAGACUUCUUGCCAUCCUCGUCAGCAACGACUGCCUCUCAUUCAGCAACCUCCUCAUCCGGUGCAAGUGCAGCUGGAACAUCGUCCUCGGGGAGCAUUCAAGAUACAUCCGCAGCGGCCGCCACAACCCGCGUCUCUCAAUCUAUCCAUCACACAAACACUGGCACUAUCGCCGGAAGUGCUAUCGGUGGAUUCGUCGCAGUGGCCAUCCUACUCACAGUAUUCGCCCUUCUAUUUCGUCGACGGGCUAUACGGUCUCGCCAGCAGGCAGCCCACUCCCGGGCGAGAGCACGUGCGGCGGGAAAAGAGAUCCCAGAUCAGGAUGUGAAGCAUGCGAGCGAGACCGCACCGCUCUCAAAAGACAUGGAGAAAAACGAAUACUCACAGGGUAAGCUUACUAGGACCUGUGUGGAAGACGAAAAAGCUGACCUCAUCAUUGAAGCCCAUGAACUCAUGUCUAUUCCUGCCGAUACAAAUGCGUCGGGUAGACCGUAUAGCGAGUUGGAUGGUGGAGGCCUGGUUCAGAGGACUCCGGGACCGUCACCUCAGCCUCCACCCGGGUUUUCUUCGCCACACGUCUCGUCGAUCUCUUCGGAUUCGCCGAGGCUACAUCAGAGUUGGGGUGGUCAUUCAUAUGGGCGGGAUAGUGUAAUGUGA